AUGACAGGCGCACUACCCAACUAUGGCACCAACGACAAUGCUUCAACGAAUCCGCAAACGGUACCCCGCUCGUUGUCUGGCGCAUCCACGUCAGCUGUGGCAUACCAGCUCGGACAGAACCUACAGAUGACUUCUAGCAACAUGUCCACUCAUGCUUCAUACGGACCUGGAUUUGCUACUGGGCUUCCCCAACAACCCUUCAUGCCUCAACAGGGCUCACAAUACAGCGCCUAUCCUUCCUUCGCGACAAACCAGCCUCGUCUAGCUGGGGUGGCACCGAUGCCAUCCCCAUACCAGAGCUAUCAGCAGGCGUCACAGUACAUGUACUAUCCGGCGCCAUACGGACCACAAGGGCAAUUCAACCCCGGGUUCGGUACUCAGAAUCAAUUGAUGUACGAAAGGAAGGCCAGUUUGACGAACACGGGUAUGCAAGGCCACGUUGCCGAUUAUUCGCAUGUCGAUGGCGGCUUCUCGGGUGUUCGCAUGGCCACUGGAAAUUUUCUAGGGGACUCGAUGUCUCCAUACGGUGCACCAUUUGCGCAAUCUCCUGCCAUACCUCGCUCUGGGCCAAUGAGUUCCAUACCUCGCGGGCCGCCUCGCAAACCAAAACAGUCUGGACACGCACUUUGGGUUGGCAAUCUCCCACCUGGAACCACGAUAGUCGCCUUGAAGGACCACUUCUCUCGCGACGCUACCAAGGAUAUCGAAAGUCUGUUUUUGAUAUCCAAGAGCAACUGUGCGUUUGUCAACUAUCGCACGGAAGCAUCGUGCACGGCUGCAAUGCACAGAUUCCACGACUCACGCUUCAACGGUGUGCGCCUAGUCUGUCGACUUCGACGCAGCUCUGCUCCGGCAUCAGGCGUCCCUACAGCACCCUCGGCUAUGAUAGGCCAGCAAAAGAACGCUUCUCGGCCAGCGACACCGAUGCAGGACAGUGUCACUGAUAAUCUUACAGAAGACGCGGCCGGCUCACCAUCGCACAAGAGUAUUGAAGAUCACAGAUCAUCUGCCGAUACUGCCACGAAAUACUUCAUUGUGAAAAGCCUUACGCUGCAAGACCUGGAGCUCAGUGUUCGGAACGGUAUCUGGGCUACACAGUCUCACAAUGAAGAUGUACUGAACAAAGCAUUCCAGUCUGCUGAGAAUGUCUACCUCAUCUUCUCCGCGAACAAGUCGGGCGAGUACUUUGGUUACGCCCGUAUGGCGUCACCGAUCCUCGAGGAUGGCGCUCCUAUCACAGGCUCGGCACCCAAACCAGAGACGAUCGCAGAUACGACAGACGUGCCAAAGUCGAUCGCGACCCCAGCAACAGAAUGGGCACCUCGUGGAAGAAUCAUUGACGACUCUGCGCGCGGCACGAUUUUCUGGGAAGCAGAGCUCCCCGACACCGACGCUGAAGAGGAGGGUGAGGACAAAGGCGACAAGACUGACAGAAACGAGGCGCCCCAACCAGCCGAAGGCGAUACUUCAGCCGUGCCACAGAGCUGGGGCAAGCCCUUCAAGAUUGAGUGGGUCUCUACAAACCGCCUACCAUUCUACCGUACCCGGGGCCUCCGCAACCCGUGGAAUGCCAAUCGCGAAGUCAAGAUUGCGAGGGAUGGCACGGAGCUUGAACCCAGUGUCGGAGAGCGCCUGGUCCAGAUGUUCCAUCGCUUGGGCCCUUCCGCUACGGGUGCACCGGUAAUGCCGCCUGGUGUAGCCACCGGCAUGAUGCCUCAGAUGCGAACAUUCUAG